AUGCAGAGCGGAAAAUGCGAAGAUGGGGGCCACCACGUGAGAAGCAACAACUGUGAAGUGAGCGAACACCGCAUGAGAAACGUCUUCCAGUGCACAGACAAGAAAGUGAAAAUCUUCAAAACGUAUCUGAAGAAAAGGCUGAAGGUGGAGUCCUACACCCUGGGGGAAUACGCACUCAAGCACGACGAAAAGUUCCGGAGGAUAUUCUUCGCAAACAUUUUAAAAGAACAUGUCAUUGCGAAAAGGAAGAAGGACAAGCUGUUCAUCCUAAACGAAAUAAUCAUGGAUAAAAAAUUUUUCGAAGAAGAUUUCUACUAUCAAUAUUUUUUACAAAAUGUUCUGUUGUUGGAAGACUUGACCUUAAAAAGGCUCGAGGGAAACCACCAUGGGGACUUCCUUUUUAAGGAAAAAAAAAAUGACAUGGUUAACUGGAAACAGGGUUAUAGUCAUAUAAAAAAAAAAUUAAAUGAAAAGGGAAAUGACCAGAAGAGUAAAAUUUAUAAAAAUUCUGUGCUGCUAUUUAAUUCUACUAAGUUUUCCUACGAAGACAAAAACUGUUGUGACUACUUUUACAGUUUAAAAGUUUGGGAUAUUUUCUUUAAUUAUGUUUCUUUCGAUUUUUUAAAUUAUCUCUUGUCGAAUACACUUAUCUUUAUAUCUGACUUUUUUUUCAUUAACCUGAGUCAGACGUUGCCUGUGCAGAAUUCCUUCCUUGUCCUACUUAGCCACGUCGACCUCAAGUAUGAUGACAACAGACAGGUGCAAGACACGAUAUUUUCCAAGAAGAGGAAACUCCCAUAUAACACCAAACAGGUGAAAGUCCUUUACCUGAGGGACCAGCGUAAAGACACCCCCGAAGAGGCGCCUUUCCCAUUGAAUAUAAAUGGCACUCCAGAAGAAAAGGUCUUACACAGGGAAAAUGACCCAAUGGAGGGACACCCCAAGGAGGAAUUCCAAUCUGUUAGUAAACCCAAUUGUGCAAAAGGCGCAAGGAAGAGGAAGAUCGACCAGUGGGGUAGCGAAGAUAAAGUUAUUGCAGGUAGAAAGUGCAAGAAGAAAAAAGUGUCACCAGGAGAUUCUCCAACGGAAGGAAAACAAAUAGAUCAUUUAGAAUAUGCAAUAAAAAAUAAGGAGGCACAAGGGGAGGUAUCCACCCGUGCAGAUGGAAAACAGUAUAAGUACUUAUUUAAGAAAAAAAAACAAACAGUGAGGAGGAACGAGGUUAACUCCUACGUUAAUCACCUUUACCUAGUUCAGUGCAGUGGGAGAAUUAUCAAAAAUGAGUUCCUUAAUGAGAUAAAGCAGAUACAGGAGGAAAACGAGCAGGCCGAAGAGGCCCAAGGGGGUCACACGGAACUUUUGCAAAACGGGAUAGAGGAAGCAAAUGGAGAGGAACAAGAAGCGCAAAGAAAGGUGCUCCCCCAGAUAAGCUUUUUUCCUGAUAAUAAACAGCAAAAGGAACCUCCCGUCAGCUGCAAGAGCAAAGCCCCACAGGAGGAGAAGAAAAAGUGGAGCAAAAUAAUCAUCAAUAGAAAUAACAUCCUGCAACAUAACACGACAAACAAGUACAAGAAUUUCCUCCUAAAUAAAAGCAUCCUUUUCGACAAAAUUGAAAAUGUGCCCUUAUUCACAUACCAUUUGCUAAAUUAUAUUUUCAAGUCUGAUCAGAAGUACUUUUUCCACAACAACUUCAUAGAUGAAUACAAGAAUAAAAUUUCCAAGCAGAUAAAAUGCAACACGAAAAAAAACGACAUAUCUUCCCUUCUAAGGAAGGAAAACGCUACAUCGUCAAAUGUUCCCCUCCUUAGUAGGGGUGAAGACAAACGAAACAACGUGUCUGCCCGCUUGAAAAAAACGAAGAUACUAAAAUAUGUCUACUGCCAUUUUGAGCAAUUCAUAAAAAAUACGAGGCAUGCAAAUUUCGAUAAAAUGUAUAGACAAUAUUUUCCAAAAAAUAAAAUGAAAAAUAAAAUUCGAAAAAUUUUUAAAACAAUUAAAUCACACAUUAUUCACAAGUAUAAAAUUGUAAACAUACGGAGGAAUAGAAAAUUUAUUAAACAAAAAAUGUAUGAUGUUUUUUUUAAAAAUUAUGAUUUUCUUUCAUUUUCUUUUAAAACUUAUAAAGUGAUAAAUUUCCUUGUACAUAUUACGAAGAAAUGUGUGCCUGUGAAACUUCUGGGCAGUCGUCACAAUUUUAAGGUCUUUAUAAAAAAUGUGAAAAAUUUUAUCCUACUUAAUUAUAAGGAAAAUUUUACCAUGGACCAAAUGAUGAAGCACGUUAGGGUUAGGAAUGUCUUCCAAAGGGGGGAGCUCUCCCACAGAUGCAAACACAGGCAAGUGAAAAACGUCCAAGUAGAUGCACUGGAGGGGAAUGCAAACCAACUGGUGACCCACGCACCUCCCAAUCAUUGUUCUACUGAUAGAAUUUUUCAAGAAGACAAUACGUGGAUGCCAAAGAGGAGGAACAGACAAAUACGGUUCUUCCACCCGGAGAAAGACAAAUCCCUAUUUGAGACACUUCAAAGAAAAUAUUUGAAGAAGAAAAAAAAAAUUCACAUAGCGCUUCUGAAGAGGCAUUUACUAAACAGACUCAUUUAUUUCCUCUUCAACUAUUUCAUCAUGCCCGUAAUUAGGAAGUACUUUUUCCUCACCAAGUCGGAGCACACUAUUUACAAAACCAUUUUUUUUGACAGGAAAUCGUGGAACUACUUCACCAAGGUUUCUAACUUUUGUCUGUACCAUCAGAACUUCCGCGGUAAGAAGAUAAAGCGGAGGGCAGAGUCGGGAGGGAAAGGGCGGACACGAGGUGGGCAACACAAAAGGGGGAAACUCCACAAGGUACAUACCACUUCAAAGGGGAAACAACUCGAAACCACUAGCACAAGCAAAGUGGUAACCAAAGAGGCAGGCAUAAGUACCCUUCCCCACGUGCUACAAAUAAAGGGGAGACAAAUCGAAAAGGGGAAGAAGCGCCAAAGUGCCCUAAUACGAAGCAGCAAAAAGAAGGAAGCUUUCCAAUGUGGAAAGAACAAACGAAUCGAAGAUCUGUACCAAAUGACCACUCUGAGUAAAAAAACGGUUAGACCCUACUUAACAAAGUUCUAUUACAAAGUAAAGAAGAAGUAUUUCUCCCUGAGGAAAAAGUACCUUCUGCAUGGAAGGAAGAUUAUCCCACUGGGGGAGAAGCAGUUUGUGCAAUAUCUACAUUUUGCGGACCAGAAGGCACACCUGUUCAGGUUUAUUUGCAAGAGAUUUUUUAAGAAAACGAAAAGGAAUUACGUUAAGCGGUUUUACAGAUUGGUCAAGAGGAUUAAGAGAAGGAUGAUGGGCAUAAAAAAUUUAGGCAACAGCGGGGCAGAACAAAGGAGGGACAACAAAAUAACCACGCCAUGUGAAAAGAUUGAUCGGAUCAGACGCACCAAAGCGACAACCCCCGCAAGAGCGGCGAUUUCCAUGGGUACCACCCCACGGAGAAAAAACCCAGAGAAGAAGAGGGAAAAAAUUCACAUAAAAAAAAUGAAGAGCAUGAUAGAGAAGCGCAAUUUUCUACUCAAGCUGAAUUCAAUAAAUCGCUUUUUUUCGAAAAAGCUGAGAAUAAAUUGGGUGCCGAAAAAAAAGGGGCUGAGGCCGCUCAUAAAUCUGUCUACACUGAACAUCCCAGAAAGUGUAAAAAAUCGAAUCAGGGAAAUUUUAAAAAAUAAAAAAAGCAGCGAGUUUUACUUCCACAAUAUAUUGAAUAACAUGGAAAGAGAUAGCAAAGAAAAGAAGUCGGGAAAAAAAAAAUACAACAGAAAGAACUUCAACCCCGUGUCGUUAAAUCAUAUAUGUAACUUCUCCUUAAAAUGUUUGGGAAAUGUGAGAAAUAAUAACGGCGCUUUAUUUCAAAACACGCUAACCAAGACAAACGAUACGGAGUUGAAGUUGAAAAAGUGGCUGGAUUAUUUGAAGAACUGGUUUUAUCGAAAAAAGAAAAAUAAAAAAUAUAUAAAAAAUAAAUUAAAAAAAGGAAAGGUCAUCUAUGCAUACAUCUGCAUCGGAGAUUUCUCGAAUUGUUAUGAACACAUAAAACAUAAUUAUCUCUUCAAAAACUUGAAGCAUUUUUUUCAUGGUAUUUCAAACUUUGAAUUUAUUUAUGUCUUUAUAAGAUCCUUCCGUCUGUAUAGCCAUUAUAUGAACAACUCCCUCCUAACCUAUUACCCUGUUAAUGUGCAAGAAUUUGGCAAACACUGUAUUAAAAAUUUGAGAGAACUUAUUGUAAAGUCUAAUUCGAAUAAGUCACACAGUUUUUUACUCAGACAAUUCUUUAAGAAUACCUCCUGCACCGAUUUGUAUAUUUUUUCAGAUUCUUAUAAAAGUGUGCAGGUAGAAAUGAGAGACAUUUUCAUGACCAUCAUUACCAUCGUCAGGUACUAUUAUUUGAACAUUUAUUUUAGCAUAAAGGAAAUAAAAAUGCAGUGGAAGAAUAUUUUUUACUUUCAGCUUUUUCAGCAUGAGAAAAGGGAAGACAUUUAUCGUAGCUUGCGCAGCAGGAGGAAGUUGGACCAUUUGCGCCGGUUGCAGGGGGGGCAUAAAACAGUCGACCAGGGGGGUGUUAUGGAAAACUCCAUCCAAUUGAAGCAUCUUCCGUUAAGCAGCAACAUCACGACAAGCGCGUCUGAGCGUGACGGUGGGGAAGAUGCGAAGGGGAGCCCCACAAUUUUACCGACGCGGAAUAAAGACCAAAUGGUGUGUAGCAGGUCUGGGAAUAAUGACAGCAAAAUGGCGGUCUUAACAAAAGUGGAAGGGACGAGUAUAACUUAUUCAGAAAAGACCGCUCCAAAUUGCGCCAAUAGGAGCGUCGCCAAUUAUACCGAUAGGAACAUCCGCACUUACGCAGAAAAAAACUUCCUCACAUUUCAAGACAAAAAAAUCAUAAGUGACAUUUGUGGACUGCCGCAGGGAUUCUGCUUGUCCAACAUUCUCUGCUCCAUGUACUAUGCCUAUCUGGACCGAAAUGAAGAAUUUCAAAAUAUUCUCUAUUCGGAAAAGGAGCAGGAUAAAACGGCUACCACCCAUCUCCAAAAAAAAAAUGUAAACGAGGUGAAUUACCAAAGCUUGAAUUCUCUCCUAAUUAGAUUUAUCGAUGACUUCCUUUUUAUAACUGUUAACAAGAAAAAUAUGAAGCGAUUUAAAAAGCUGCUGCUUACGAGGAAAAUCUGGGGGGGCAAUAUAAAUUCGUCCAAGACAAAAAUAUUUAAGCUUCCCCUUAUUUAUAGGAGUAAUUUGUUUCUAGACAAUUUCUGGGCAGGAAAUGUGGUCACCGCGGGAAGGAGGUGCCAUAAAGAGGGGGAGAAGCACCAAACCGUGCCGAAUCAACCGUGUGUAUCGGGGCAUCCACCUGGAUUGAGCACUGAAUGCGCCUCGCCCGAUCCUCACCUGUUAACCGCAGAGGGGGAAUGUAGAACCCCCUCGAGCAGCACUGUGAGUAGCGCAAUAAGCGGACCCAAACGGAAGAGGAAGAUAAUCCCUGAUCGCAGCGAAACAGUUCCAAGCGCCCCCCUGAUUGGUAACUUGACGAGUACAGCAAAAUGUGGCAUCUCCAGGGGGGAACUCCAAAUGGGGGUUACCUCACCAAAAGGGACAGUCAAAAUGGGGAAGAGAAAAAGUGGAACAAAGCUAACAGAAGCAGAAAUUAGAAAACUAAUAAAAGAGCUGCUCGAAAAAAGGAAAAGGCUAACAGGAAAAUCAUCUUUAAAAGGAAGGCAAAAAAUUAAAAAGUACCUAAAACGGUUGAAACGGUUAUCGCGGUUGAACAGGCAUAUUUGGAGAAGCGCAAAAUGUGCGUGGGUGAACCGGUCUCCUGCUGGCCCCCCCCGUGGAGCGAUGUCCAUCGAAUGGCUGAACAAUUCCUACACAUUUGACUUCCACAACAACUGCGUGCACAGCAUAUCGUCCCAGUGGAAAAACAAACAAGACGCAACCAUUAGGAACCACUUACACCUAACAAAUAGCAUCGGAGAAAAAAACUCUCCUAUAAAUUACAUGAAAUUUUUGGUAGAAAGUAGAAUCAUGAGAAAUGUCAUAUCUAAGCUGAAAAAAAAUAAAAUGAUCUACAGAAAUAAACAGAAUACCUACUUUGCAUACAAGAACAAUUUCAUUCUCCUAAAAAGCUCCAUCCUAAAAUUUGUUUGUUCUAUUAAAUCUUUGAAGAAAAUGUUUAAUGCCUUUUACAACGAUGGUUAUAACACGAAGUUUGUUUUUCAUUUAAUUUCAUAUUUGAGAAAGUCACUUAUAAAAAAUAGGAAGAUUAAAUUUGUCAAAUUAUUUUUGGUGGACACUGCGAUGGAGGCGUUGCGCUACGCUCGGGUGUUCAAUGAGAGCAGCCCGCUUUUCCCCUGCUUGAUGCGUCUGCAAAUUGUCAGGAGGAGGCUCCUUAAUCGGUACAAACGGACGCACAAACGGAGGUACAAGCGGGACCAUUUGGUUCAGUACUAUGGACUGUUUGGUCUCCUCCGGGAGGAACUACGCAAAACGUGGCCUUACAUGUUUAAAAUAAGGGAAGACGCUUCGCAACCACUCCCACUGAGAUGA